AUGUCAACCUCCACUGCGUCCGCCCCGGAUACCGAGAGCAGCGUCCCCUCGCGUGGCGAAAAGCGCGUUCGCUCUCCCUCCUCCUCCCCACAGCCGGCCCGGCAUCGACCCGCUCCCACGGAUAGCAACGACCAAUGGCAGUUGGACGCUGCCAGCAAUCAGUCUAACGACAAGUCAGCCGUCGAACCAGGCGUUGACACAAAGAUCCAGUUGCCCUCCAUUUUUGCAGCUCUCGAUGAUCCUUACCGCAACGAAAUGCGUCGAUCCUCCCUCCCCAUAAACCCGGACUCCAACCAAGGACGCCACAGACACUCUCCAUACCCUUCUCCCAGUCUCCGCAAAGCCAACCCUCCCGGGGCACAGCCUAACGUCGGUUCUUAUCAUUUCCCUUCCUCAGAUAUCCCUCAGUCCAGCGACGACAAAGCUUCCGGUCGCCCCAGGCUAGAUACCCAUCUUAAUUAUUCUUACGGAGAGCCCUCUCCCUAUGGCAAUACCCAGCUCCCCGGUUCCGCCCCUGCUAGUGUCCAAGUUUCCUCCUCUCCCGCCUUCGCUUCCUCGCAGUCCGUCUCAGAAUCCCGUUCUCAAGGCACGGCCCCGCCAGGGCCCCCUGGACCGUAUUCCGAUCAUCCCUCCUGGCACAACGCCCCUGGCGGCGUCGUCAGGCCCAGUUCGACCCCCGGGCAUAAUGCUAACGGAGGCCAUGGCCAGAAGUACGACGACUCUAUUCGCCACGGUUCGUUCAGUGCCGGCAGUAACCCAUCACCUCCCUACAGCAACAACGGUGGUCGUAUUUCCGGACCACCUGAGCGUCGAGGGUUUACUGGCGGAUCUGGGGGUAAGCCCGACGACUGGUCGUUCCCCCCUCAGGAUUAUGUCCUUCCGCCCGGUAACAGCAACUCCUACAAUGCUAACUCCAGUCCGACGCCGGUUCCCCAGCUUGCUCCUGCUCCAGUCUCGUCAGGCACGCCUAUUUCUCGGUCCCCUCAACAAGGACCCGUUAGCGGCUCCACACUAGUCGAUCGCCCCACGCGUAAACGAGGCAAGCUGCCCAAGGAGACGACCGACUACCUCAAGGCGUGGCUUCAUCGGCAUUCUGACCAUCCAUACCCCAGCGAAGAGGAGAAAAAGCAACUUUGCCACGCUACCGGUCUGAGCAUGAGCCAGGUAUCGAACUGGAUGAUCAACGCUCGCCGUCGAAUUCUGGCCCCGAUCCACAAGGCGCAGCAAGCGCCGACGACGUCCGCCCCAUACCCUCCUAGUUCUCGUCAGCCAGCUGUCCCAAGCAUGAGCGACCCGAUGAAUGGCCGUCGUCAGUCGGGAGCUGGCAACGACAGUCUGCAGUUGUAUCACCCAAUGUCCUUACAGUCUAUGCCCGCCACACAGCAUGGCUCCGCUGGCAACGAAUACCUGGGGCCCAACAGCCGUUCUCUGCUUGGGCAGCCUGUUGGUCGAGGCACUCACCCGUAUAACGGAGGUAAUAGUAUGGAACUAUCCCAGAAUAGGGCAGGGCUAUCGUAUGGUCCCCAGCAUGGUCAGUCUGGUGGCCACUCCAAUCAAUAUCUCUCCUCUACCAUGCCCAUCUCCGCGGGACCGACCUUGCCGCCUAACCCAUAUGGGUCUCAAAACCUUGCUGGCCAUCAUUCCCAGAUGUAUCCCCAACAUCACUCGUCGAUGUCCUCGCAAUACGUAUCAAGCCCUUCUCAUGGUUCUACCAGACUGCCCCCGCAUCCAAGCGACUCGCAGGCGCACGGUUAUUACAGUGAAGGUGGUCUAUCCCAAGGACAUUCCUAUCGGGCUCUUAAUGACUAA